AUGGCUGAAGCGAACUCGUACGAGGAGCAGCGCAGGAGGCAGGUGGAGGAGAACAAGCGGAAGCUGGAGGAGCUGCGCCUGCACCACCUCUCCGCCGCCGUCCGCGAGGCCGCCGUCAAGCCCAGGCUGGUCCGUCAGAUCCGCACCGCCCUCCGCCGUUCCUCUGCUCCUGUCUGUCUUCCUUUUUUGAGUAUUUCUGUUUGGUUGGCGUCGCAGAAGAGGAAGGCCCCGAAGCCACGGGACGCCGCCGAUGACGCCCCGCCCCGGCGUUCCGGCCGUAUCGCCACCCUCCCCGAGCAGCCCGACUAUCGCGACAAUCUGGGCACCGGGAAACCACGGCAGCAGAAGGAAGUAAAGCCUGAUCAUGCGUACGCCAUCGCCAAGGCCGAAGAGCUACAGGAUGAGCUAGGCUCCGACUACCCCACCUUUGUCAAACCCAUGCCCCAGUCUCUUACCUCGCUGCAUAUCCCGGCACAGUUCAGCAUGGAGCAUCUCCCGGACCAUCGCAUGAGAAUGGUUUUGGUGGAUGAGGAGGAGGAGGAGUUUAAGGUGCUUUAUCGUCCACACAGUAGCAGUCUUAUCACCGGGUGGAGCGAGUUUGCCGUCGACAAUGAGCUAGUUGAAGGUGAUUGCUUGGUGUUCCAGCUGAUCAAGAGGGCAUUGUUCAAGGUGAGAUUCUUAGUUGGUCUUUUAUGA